AAUAGCAACGUAAUGAUGGUUGAUUUGGUAAACAAAAGAUUUGAUUUUACAGUGUUUUUUAAAACUCUAAUCUCUGUUCACCUUUCGUGCAGCACCAAAUUCAGAAUGGACGAUGAAAAUAGUCAAGAUCGCGAGCGAUUUUCUAAUCGUGAAAAUCAUUGUGAAAUCGAAAGACGGCGACGCAACAAAAUGACGGCUUAUAUUUCGGAGUUAGCAGAUAUGGUGCCAGCAUGUAGUGCAAUGACACGUAAACCCGAUAAAUUAACAAUUUUACGAAUGGCUGUUGCUCAAAUGAGAACGCUGCCAGGGACAGGCAACAGUACUCCCGAUAAACCUCGAUUUUUGAACGAAAAUGAAUUAACACAUCUUAUUUUGGAUGCGGCCGAUGGAUUUUUGUUUGUUGUUUCGUGUGAUGAGGGUCGAAUUAUGGAUGUGUCUGAUUCUAUAGUUCAAGUUCUAAAUCAAUCUCAAACGGAUUGGUUGAAUACAUGCUUUUUCGAUCAAAUUCAUCCAGAUGAUCGUGAAAAAGUUCGCGAACAAUUGUCAACACAAGAACCACAACGCAGUAUACGUGUUUUGGAUAUAAAAACUGGCACAAUAAAGAAAGAAAAUCAUCAAUCGUCGAUGCGUAUGCUAAUGGAUCCGAAUCGUCGAUUCAUUUGCCGUAUGCGCAUUGGAAAUCGUCAUUCAGAAGGUCAUUUGAAUCGUUUAAAGCAGAAAAACUCACUUGGUUCAGCUGGAAGUGACGGUGUUAACUACGCCGUUGUUCACUGUACAGGCUACAUACGGAAUUGGAAACCCACAGAUUUUCCUGGUGGUCCGCAAGAUGAUGGAAGACACUCAAAUUACUGUAUGGUCGCUCUUGGACGUUUACAAGUCCAAUCGACCCCAAAAUCUGAUUUAUCACCGCAAAUUGAAUUCAUUUCAAGACAUUCCAUCGAUGGAAAAUUCACAUUUGUUGAUCAACGCGUAAAGGAACUUUUGGACUACACAACAAUCGAUUUAUUGGGAAAAAAUUACUUCGACUUCAUACAUCCCGAUGAUUGUGAGAGUAUGAAGGAGAUUUUUGAUCGGGCACUGAAACACAAGGACCAACCAUUUUCUUUGACAUAUAGAUUUCGUUCAAAAAUAUGCAAUUGGAUACGGAUUCACACAGAAACGCAUGCAUUCCGAAAUCCAUUUUCGAAUGCUGUUGAAUAUAUUGUAUGCAAAAGUAAGUCGGCUGAGCCGAUGGCUGAACCAAUGGGAAACACAACGCCGAAUGCCGUUCAAUUUUAUGAUUCAGGAAUAUCCGAAGUUGACUAUGCCCUACAGCAACAGGUAUCGGGAGCUAAUGAUUUCUAUAAUGCACAAGGAAUGAUUUCGCAUACAUCACCACAGUCAAAUGUUCUUCAGUCGAAUACUGAGCAUACGAUGGGAUAUGGUUACGAAUCAACACAGUCACCAAUCGCAUAUGGAACGUGUCAACAACAACCAGUUUCGGCGGAAAAUUUGCAAUAUAACGUGAGUCCAACAUGUUCACCCGAUGCACCACCAACAUAUACUCAAUUGAAUGGCUCAUACGCACAACAGUCGCCGCCACAACCACUUUCCAACCAAAAUUAUCAAAAUCAACCAAAUACAGCUAUGUGGGAUUGGCAAACAAAUCAAAGUGAACAAGGCUCAAUGUCGGUUGUCACUUUGGCUGGGCCAACGCAUGCAAUCAAUAAUAGUAAUGGCGAACUCAAUCAAAUGUUCACAAUACUUGAUCAAACCGGUGGCAACUCAUUCGAUGAUCUUAAUAUGUUUACUAACACAUAUCAAUAAGUUUAUUUUUUUCUAUUCUCUUUUUGUUUUUCAUAUUUUUGAACCUAUAGCUUAAUAUAAAAGUGUAAAAGACCAUCAUUUUUUUCU